GGAUUAUAUUUUUUUGCCAUCGUCAUUGCCAUUGAAAAACAAAAUGAAAUUCAUUCUUACAUUGUUGAUUUUGGGUUCUGUAGCCGUGAAUGCUCGGCCAUCUUCGAUCGAAACGUUUCAACAAUUCAAAAGAGCAUUCAAUAAACAAUAUGAGAGCGUUGAUCAAGAGGAAAUUGCACGGCAAAAUUUUCUUGAUUCAUUGAAAUUUGUUCAAACACAUGAUAAUGCUGCAAUCAAUUCAUUCUCAGAUUUGUCAACCGAGGAAUUCAAAGCCAAAUUGAUGAUGAGUGAUGAAACUUUUGAACAAAUUACAGCUGGUGUUAUCGACGAUGAUGGUGUACGUGGCUGUGAAAUUACACAGAAAAAUGUUCCAGCCAGUCUUGAUCUCCUGUCAAUGGGUUAUGUGACAUCAGUCAAAUCACAAGGUCCAUGCGGUAGUUGCUGGGCUUUCUCCUGUAUUGCUUCGGUUGAAUCAGCAUAUCUAGCAACCAAAAAUCAAUCCUUAAAUCUUUCGGUACAAAACCUUAUGAAUUGUGCAUCUACUCAUGGUUGCCAUGGUGAAGCACCACCAACAGCAUUUAAAUAUCUCCAAAAAACAGGUGUUGUAGACGCCAAAGUCUAUCCAUAUUUUCCUAGUGAAGAGCCAUGUCGUUAACGUUAUUACGAACAUUCAACACAUUAUCAUAUCAAAGAUUUUUGUCACAUAUAUCCGGUCAAUGAAGGAAAUUUGAAACAAAUUUUGGCGCAAAACCAUACUGCCAUUUCGGUCAUCAUUGGCAUUAAAGAUCUUUCGGCUUUCCGUCAUUAUAACGGUAACUCCAUAAUGCGUGAAGAUAAUGGUAGUCAAGUCACUUAUCAUGCUGUGAACGUUGUCGGCUAUGGUAGCGAAAACGGUGUCGAUUAUUGGAAUGUUAAAAAUAGUUGGGGACAAUCGUGGGGACAGAAAGGUUUUUUCCGUAUGGAAAUGAACAAAGAUUUGAUGGGCAUCGCUGAUUGGGCCUAUGUUGUAACCGUUUAAUUAUUACAUUUAUCAUGAUGAAAUUUGAUUCGACAACACAUAAUUUUGACAAACACAUUUUUUCAACCAUCAAAUUCGAGUCAAAAUUUUCUCCAAAAUUGAAAUAAUUUAAGAAAAGAAAGAAUAAAAUUGACAAAAAACUAUUAAUGAA